AUGCGUGGCGGAUUCGUUGGUAUCAUCUUCAGGACAAUGUUGGAGUCAACAACUGGCAACACCCCAGAAUCUGCAGCCUUGACGCUGAUGAGCACGGACGUGGAACGAAUUGCUGAAAUAUGGAGCUUUGUGAAUGAGUUAUGGGCAAGUCUGAUACAAGCUUUAAUAGCCGUAUGGUUGCUGGAGAAGCAACUCGGUAUAGUCUGUGUCUACCCAGUGCUUAUCUCCGUCGUGGCAAGCAUAUCGUCCUUUUGUGUCGGACGAUACGUCGCGAGACGCCAAAAAUUAUGGAUGGAAGCCACUCAAAAACGAGUCAAUUUGACCACAGAGCUUUUCGGUUCGAUCAAAGCUGUCAAAAUGCUAGGGUUCUCAAAGAUGCUCUCUCGUGCUGUCCAAGCAAUGCGGAUAGCCGAACUAGAUCUUUCAAAGAGCUACAGAAAACUCUCUGUAACGAACACUUGCUUGACGAAUCUCCCGAAUAUCAUCAUUCCGGUCAUCACGUUUGCUGCCUUUGCGCUUUCCGGACAAAGCAGCCUCAACGUGACCAAGGCGUUUUUAUCACUGUCGAUUUUCAGCUUGAUCACGUCCCCUAUCGCCAAUAUGAUAUAUGCUAUUCCACAAUUGUAUUCGUCGCUAGGUUGUUUCCAGCGAAUCCAGGAAUACUUGCAAAAGGAACCCCGACACGAUUUACGACAAGUGAUUACCCCGUCUGACCGCAUCCAAGGUGAUAAGCAUCUUGAGAGUUCCUAUGUUGACGUUGAUUUGCUGGAACUACAGCCACUUCCAGGACCAGCGCGUGAAUCAGACGUAGGGGUUUGUGUUGACAAACAUAUCUUAAGCAUUCGAGACGGCUCUUUCGGCUGGCAUGAAGAUCGCCAGACCGCCAUUCAAGGAGUCAAUCUGCGCCUUCCUGAGCCGUCGUUGACUAUGGUGGUCGGUCCUGUGGGCUGUGGCAAGUCCACAUUUCUCAAAGGGCUUCUUGGUGAAACCACCAGCUUCAAGGGAUCUGUGCAACUGUCGACUCGCGAAUUCGCCUUCUGUGACCAAAUUCCCUGGAUCAGGAACGGGACCAUUCGAGAGAAUAUAAUCGGUCAUCUGGAGUUUGACGAAGUUUGGUACAACUCAGUUAUCUAUGCAUGUGCAUUGGAUACAGACUUCAGCAACUGCCUGAUGGUGAUAGGACUACCGUCGGAAGCAAGGUCAAUGGCCCGGGCCAGCUAUGCCAGAAAACAACUCGCGAUCUUCGACGAUGUUCUAAGUGGACUUGACGCGUUGACGGAGGAAAAGGUCUGCGCGCGUUUACUCAGUCGGGACGGCCUGUUGCGCACAUUAGGAACUUCUAUUAUUUUGGCAACGCACUCGGUCAACCGCCUAUCACUCGCAGAUCACAUCAUAGUUUUUGUUUCAAGUGGUUGCAUCUGUGAGCAAGGAACGUUUGAGCAACUGCGUUCAAGUGGGAGAUACCUGCAUGCCAGGUUAAGCAACACAAACGAUGAGAGUCCACCGCCAGCACCAGCAAGCGUAAUGCCGCAGACAGCUUUGGAAAUCACACCCGUCAAUAGAGACACUCGACGCCAGGAAGGUGAUUGGAGCGUCUAUCGGUUUUAUGGCGCAUCUAUGGGCUAUUUGAGACUGGCAUUUUAUGGGGCUUAUGUCCUCUGCUGUGGCACAUUUGCCGGCCUACAAACCAUAUGGCUUAGUAAGUGGUCUCAAUCAGAAGAUGCAACUUCGCGGUUGGACUACUGGUUAUCAAUAUAUGGACUUCUGGCGCUGUGCAAUGCUCUAGCGCUUAUCACCGCCUGCUUUCACUUUAUGAUUUCUAUUGUCCCGCGAUCUUCACUACGUCUUCAUGGGUUAGUCCUGCAAGCGUCAAUGAGUGCUCCGAUCUCGUAUUUGACACAAACCGACAUCGGAAUAAUCAUUAACCAGUUCGUGACUAUUCCUCCUAUCAUUCAAAAUGACGAGCUCUAA